CCGAUAACAUCCGUUUUACCCGGACAUUUUAUUUAUUUUCAGUUCUGUAAGAUGAAUACUAAAGUGGUAUUUUGUUAAUUGUGUAUAAGUUACGAAAAUGGCGUGGGAAAACCAAGGUCCCCCUCUUCCUCCGUACUCCUUACGUCUCCUAGCUCCUCCAGUGAAGCUUAUGACUGCCUUCAUGUGGCAAAUAGCGCAGCAACACAGUGUGAUGCACUAUGACAAGCUGGUGGACUUCAUCAGUUUGGCGACAGAGAUCGUGCCAGAACUCCUCAAUCCCAGACAGAGAGCUGAGCUCAUCCUGGGCCUGAGAGCAAGGCUGGUUCUGGAGUUGUGUCGUGGUGAUAGCAUCACUAGUCUGCAGACCAUUCAGAGCCACCUGGAUAAAAUCCACGCCUGGAAUGCUGAACUGAGCUCCAAUGACCAGAUGGCCAGUAGUGAUUUACUGAAGACCUCUUACACUAACUUUGCCAGCCUGGUUGAGAACCUUGUUAAUGUUCCUUUUGAAAAGGAGUUCUUCUUCCAGGAGGUUUUUCCUGCAAACUACGGCUCUGCCUAUGACCAGAGGCUGCAGCAGCUGGUGUCUGAGUUCCUGUCCAGGCUGGAGCAGCUGCUGCCCGUACCCGACCUGCAACAGACAGCAGCAUGGCUCCCUGAAACACCUUCUGUGUUAGAGGAAUUUGGACAGCAUCUGUCUGAACCCUUUGCCCUGAGGGCUCUGCUGCAUCAUCAUAAACAGCUGGGGACUCUCGGCUCAGCUGUUUCAAGCAGUGAGGAAGAUAUCAUUUUGUCCACACUGGCCCUUCCUUCUCAAACUGGAGUGGGGAAGUUUAUUGAGUCAUACAGUGCUGAUAAUUAUGAAAGUGAAGAAGAGUAUGUGGCAUUGAAGGAUUUAGAAGAAGAAGACUUGAAUCAAAGUUCAGAUGUCAUCGCAGAUGAUUGGUUGCCAAAAAAAGAAUCAGGUCCCAUGUCAUGUUUAUUCAGCUGCUCUCAGUGUUCCUUCAGUCACCAUAUAAAGAGGAAGGUCCAAGAGCACGUCCAGAGUGAGCACUGCACAGCAACUGCCAUUCAGAAAAUGUUGUAUAUGAAAAAAGCCAGCACAAAGACCCAGCAGAAAAAUAAAGACCUUAACGCUGAAAAGAAGAACGUAGACGGCGGCCCAGAGAAAAAGAGGAAAAGCAAAAAAAAAGACAAUGUUGAAAAAAAGCAUGAAUGUAAGCAGAAGAAGAACAACAUAGAAAACAAGAAACAGCGCAGAUGGAAAGAGCCCACGGGGGAAGACAAAAGGUUUCUGAGCACACGACCUGUGAACAAAAACUUCAGAGCAGAAGAAACCAAAUGUCUGAAGUGUGGGAAGAUUUUUGAACAUCCAAAUCAGCUCAAGGCUCACAUGAAGCUCCACAACUUCCGGUACUCCUGCAGCCAAUGUGAGAAGGGAUUCACGAGCCAGUCGGGCUAUUAUCAGCACCAGAGAGUCCACAAGAGAGGACGAAUCUUCAUCUGCAGCCAGUGCAAGAAGGGGUUCCUGUGUAACUAUUCGCUCAAGCAGCAUGAGCGCCUGCAUGAAGGCCCCUCCCAUCUGUGUACUGUCUGUGGGAAAAGUUUCAGCAAAGCGGGCAUCACAAGACACAUGCAGAUGCACAGAGGCGAGAAAAAUUUCCUGUGCACCAUAUGCGGGAAGUCGUUCUUGUCUUCUGGGGAGCUGCUGGUGCACAGUCGGUCUCACACAGGCGAGUUGCCUUACACAUGCACCUGCUGUGGGAAGGGUUUCUCCAGUAAGGGUCACCUUAACGUCCACAUGCGCUCUCAUACAGGGGAGCGUCCGUACCUGUGCUUAGAGUGCCCGAAGCGUUUUCUCACACUGAACUGCCUGAAGAGACACAUGCUCAGCCACAAUGGGGUGAAACCAUUUAAAUGUCCAUGUUGUGAGAGAGAAUUCUCUCAGAAGGGGAAUCUGAAUAGACAUUUGGCAACUCAUAAACCUGACACAUAAUGUGUAGCUUUAGUUGUCUGAAAUCAUCAUUUAGUCAAGUAUAAUACAGGUUCCUUUGAAAAUGUUUAGAAUACUGUAACUCGAAAGCCCUUGUAUAUAAAUAUUUCAUUUUUCUUUUGCAAUGAUGUGGUCUUAGAUCUCAAUCAAAGCAAAUUUCUUUAAUAGCAACACUUGUAAGAAGUAAAUUUGAAAUAGUUCAUGUUUGUCUUCAUUAUAUGCUGUUUUCAAAUCUUUUUCAAAAAUUCUGCCUGAAAAUAUCUCAUAAGUCAGAGUUUGUAGCAAAAUGGCUGUGUGGCUACCCCCACACACUGCUUUAAUUUGUACAUAAGAAAAGUUGUAAGGGACGAACAAUGGUUGCUUGAAGUUAUGCAGUCUUAAAAUCCCGUGGCUCACAGUUGAAUUGUUUAACUUUGCUAUUAUGAAUUUAUAACCCUGAUACAAGCUUACUGCAUUUGAAUAAUGGCUAAAAAUGUAAUGGUAGCAUAUAAUUUUUAUAUCAGAAUUGGUUUCUCCCAAGCAAGUGUGAGCCACUAGACAUGCAAAUGUAAAAUAGAAGUGAAAAGCAGCAGCUGUAGGAAAUGCAAUUUAUUUGCAAUUUUUUAAUAACAUCAUUCCUCAGAUAAAAAUGCAAUGUUACAGGAAUAUACAUCAGAUAUUAAUUUAAAACUUGCUUUCAAGGGACCAUACAGUCUAAAUAUACUUUUUCCUUUUUUAUUUACUGGUAGCGUGCGUUAUAAGCAAGACAGACUCUGUCACCAAUGACAGACUGACAAGUUACAGAUACAAACUGUACAUUACUUAUUUACAAAUCAACUUUUUGUUUGGUUUUUCAUUUCACUUUUUAUUGAAAAUAGGAGUAGAAAAGUGAUUCAAUUAAUAUUCUGAUUUAUUUCAUUUAUUCUUUCUCCUAAAAUCUAAAAUGAAAUGAAUGAACAAAAAAGGAAAAAAAAAAAUCAGGAACUCUCCUUUAGAAAAAAGAAAGAAGAAGAAGGUGUGUCAAUUGUGAGACCACGCAGUCUUCACUAAGGAGACAAAUGAUUAACUGAGGAAACCAAAUGAUGCUGGGCCAGUGUCACUUAGCAACCUCAAUGAAAUCCCUCAGAAAGUCGAGAGGGAGUGGCUUAUGUUAAAGAACUCAGUUACAAAAUGGCCACCUGCCUCCAAAGCUACUGCAAGCACAAUAACACACUCUAGUUCAUUUUUUGACCAUAAAUAGUGCUGUUAUUACAUACUACAUUUAACAGUAGUGUCACUACUAAUAUUACAACAAAUUGGUCUCUGUGUGAACACCACUCUCCAAAAAUAGACUUAAGGAUUGAUGGUGGACUUCUCUCUGGCACAAAGGAACACAAACAAAUAAACAGCUCAGUCCUGUCAAAGGCCCUUUAACUCUUUGCAUGAAACUAAGACUAUGAGCAAGAUCAUAUGACUCUACUGACCUGUGGAGAACAUACAGCCAGUAAAUUUAAAAAAAACAAAACAAAAAAAAAAUCAACAGAAAAGCCUAUGUUAAACACUAUUUUAUAUGAAGCUGUGGAUCCCCUGCCGGGCCCAGGCUGACAAAAGGCUAGGAACACCCUGCCUGGAUAGAAAGUUUAAUUUAACACCUGCAUGCUGUUAAAGAGGUGUUUCCACACCAGCAACAAAUAACUCGCAGAUGCUGAUAAUGUGCAUGGCACAGACCUUCUCCUGCAUUUGCACACCCAGACAAACAUACGCUAUUUGUUUGCUUUGUUGUUUUCUUUGUGGUCAAAUGUGACUUUCUUAGCAAGAUAAAACCACAUGGAGUCAAGAUUUGUGAAGAUCUACUCUGUCAGCAAAGAGUUAAACCCAGUCAAAAGCCAAGCUAGCAGACUAAAAUUAAAACAUCUCCAAUUACAGCUGCUAAAAAGGAAAAUAUCCAAACAAAGACCAGUAGCCUAAAUGUAACUUUAGAAUAUUAAAUGUGGAUUUUUCAGACACCAGUAAGAGCAUCAGUGCAUCCUGCAGUCAAGGGAUGACAGUGUAAAAAUUAUCAUUCAUGGUGCAAUGUAAAGUAGCUCUUUUCAGUAAAAUUAGAGAGGAGAAGGAGAUGCAGAGAGGCAGAGACAUUCAUGGUUCCAGUGAGGAUGAGCUGCUUUAACACCAGAACCACCAACAGAAAGUCUGCAUCAUAAAGCUGCUGCCACACCUCUAGAGCUGAUAGCUGAAGUAAUAUGCUGAAGAAAGUCACUGUUAGAAACACUAGGUGGUACAGAAAACUCUUCUUCCCAGUCAACAAGCUGUGGGUGCAGCAUUCUUCUCCAAAAUGGCAUUUUUAUAUGUGCAAAUAGGGAUCGCCUUUAUUAUUUAGAAUUCAAGUAAGUGUAUGAAUAACAAUAAGAGAAGGAAUGAGUGAAACACGAGGCUUUCAAGGUCUUUACAAUACUAACAGUCGUCAUAAUGUUCACACGGGGUACUGCUGUAGGCGCUGCUACACAACGGGUACCCCAGAAGUUAUUUCUAAAUCUACUGGGCAAGCAAACCUCAUCCAGGCUACUGUCUGGUUCAUUUUAGGACUCACUAGGCCCAAAACAAAAGAAGGGUGUUACAGAUAAGUUCUAUUUUUAUUCCUCACAAAUCAAAAUUUCCCAAGACUGAGUGGCGACAACUUUGCAUGAGUGUGUGAAAAUUGUCAUGCAUGAACAUCCUAUAAGAAAAGCUGAGCUACUAUGUGAGCCAGUAUAGAACAACAAUAUGCAAAGGGUGGGUUAACUUUCAUUUUAGUGCUGGAAUUAGUUUGCCUUUAAAAUCCAUUCAAUUACAUCUAAUUGUUUGCAUUUUCCAUGCUGUAAAUUGAACAUGUAAAAUCCUUUUAAAUCAUCAGUGUGCUACUUGGUUUCAUGAUCCUAAUUAAUCCAUCAAGAGUCUAAUUUUACAGAAGCAUCUGCUUUGUGUCACCCUUAUUUAAUAAAAUGCACUACUGUUAACUUUAAACGUCUAAUCAGAUAACUGGAAUCUCAAUGCAUGUGCUAAAUUCUGUUACUUCUAAAAUCCUGCUGCUGCAUUGGCAGCAAACACACAAAGGCAAAUCUUCACAAAAAGGAAGCUUCUCAGUGUUUUUUCAAGCCUGAAGCAAACAUUCAACUGAUGGUAAAGCCAAUAAAGCAUUUGCCCUCUGGGUCUAAUGCUGAAAAUGCCAGCAUGUGUGGAGGUAAACAGUAUGGCACCUCAGAGAACAGGCAUUCUUCUGAUCCUCUGCAAAAUCUAGCUCCAACCUAUCAUUUAACAUCAUUUGGAUAGCUUUUAUGUAUAAUAUCUAAACUAGAAGACACUUGCAAUAUAAACUUAUAUUUCACAAUAUAGUCCCUCUUUCACUUUCUUCUCAAAUGUCCAAAGCUUUCAUCAACAUCAGUGACAUCACAAUAGCAUCUGUGCAACAGAAAAACAGAGGCGAUCCUCUUUUGUCUCCCCUGAACAGACUUUAUAUUCUAAAUAAAUUUAAUUCAGUUAAUUAGAAUCUUACAGCAGGCUGUACUGAUUUGACCUACCAUAAAAGAAAAUAAAUCUGUAUUCAAAAUAGUCCUCUUAAAAUAUGUUUGUCAGAAUCAAACAAUGAUCAAGAAUCACUUCAAUUUACAAGAAAAUAUAAUGUACAUCUGCUGCAAUGAUAGAGGAGCUUUGAGGAACCAAGACAGGGAAAACAACAAGACUCCUGCUGUUCAGUUCCAUGCUCUUUCAAAUGAAUGUCACCGCUAUCGGUAAAUAGUUUCAACACACAACUCUCAUACCUUUAAAAUGUGCAUAAAAUACAAUUUUUGUUAAAGUAUUAACUUGUUAAAACUGGGCAGCUCAAAUCAUGUAAAGCAGCACUUCUUCAUUAUCAAAAUAUUAGACUUUUUUUUGUUAUUUUGUGAGUCCUUGCUGUGAAGUGACAUCAAAGUUGUUGGCCAAACGUUACACUACUUUUUGACUUCCUACUCUGCGUCCAACUCUGCAGAUGAAUGAAUUUCUCUACACACAUCAGGUCUUCCAAAUCCUUUACUUGGAAGAAAAAGCAAAGCUACAUGAUUUCCAAAGCAUAGAGAGCUUAAAUAAUGUUUUCAAAAAGUGUACAGUGUAUGUGUAUGUAUAUCGCUGAUGCAAUGCUAGUUAAAGAGAGACAGGUCUCUCAGUGCUACAGUAGGAAAAUGUCCAGACUUUGACCUGCAAAGACAGGUUGCUGGUAGGUUUAAUGUCUUUCAGCUCAUUUUACAAAACAGAAAACAAACACAAGAAAACAGAUUUUGAAUCUCUCUCUUGAUUAACAUUUAAACUAAAUAUCAAGGUUUGAAAAUUGUCUAGAGAAAAGUAUUGAUUUCUACAACAUAGUGGCAUUACAAGCUGAACAAAUAAAUGUUUACUUCUGGGUCACAUCUGUGGUAAGUCCAGUUGUCUUAGCUGCAGUUAAGAUGAUUAAAAAUAAAAACUGUUAGUUGUUUUCUGCAGCUGAGGGUCUUUAUAUAUAGUCUUAUUUGUUUUUACUGAAAAGCCAUAUAGUCUGGGAAUCAUCCUAACCUUCUAAAAGCCCGUUGGGUACAUACCAUCAGUUACAACAUCCAAGGUUUCUUGCUUAAUAAAUACAAUUACAUUAUUCCCUGCUGGAUCCUUUUGGUCAGAAGUGGGACUUUGUUCAGUAAAUUCACACUCAGUUUCAUAACCAUGAUUAACUACAUUCCCAAAUAAGUGUCGUGCCAUUUUCCUUACUCUAACAUUCUGGUGAUUAAAUAUGAUAUAAUCAUAUAUAUCUUGCUAUAUAAUGGUAUAUAAAAAUAUACAAUCAUUGGCUAGUGGUGAGACAAAAGAUCAUUCACACAGAACCAAAAUGUUAUACCUCUAGAGAAACCCAUGCACAUACUGUAACACAUUUGGAAAUGUAAUUCAUCAUGUCAGAACGUAGAACACUCUGAAAUCCAAACAUGAUAAAAUAAAACUCUCUACAUUCCCCAAAAUACUAUUCAUCCAACAUUCCGGCUUCUCAUUGUCAACGAGCGCCAACUAGAUUGUCAUCCGUCUUCCAGAAACCAGGUCUUUGUUCUCUGUCUCUGCUUUCUCUCGAGGAAAUUACUUAGAAUUUGGAUGGCACCUUUUGAGGCAGAGGGGAGUGAUUUUACUUUAACCGGCUGUAGGUGGGGAUCCAGGAAAGCAGCAUGCACAGCAGCAGCUAAUCAGCCUGAUAAAGUGGCUACUCACAGGUACACAAACCUCUCUUGCUGCAGACAUUGUGACUUAUGUAAGUGUAAUUAACAUAAUUAAUAACAACUACAUUCCGUUCAAUGGUUCCAGCUCCAAAGCUGUGCUUUGAUACAAACUAAGUUUACUGGGACAUCAUAGGAAUGGAAAGUCAUAAGGUACACUUUUUACUGCUAAUUUGUCCACAUCUCAAGGACCACACUGGCAGGAUGGACAAAAAGCAUCCUGCUACUGUGUUUCAAUUCCAUAUCACAUACUAACUAUAUACAAAUACCAAUCCUAGUGUACAGGAAAUUGUGUAAUACAUGCACUGUCCAAAGUGUAUUAAACUGUGAUUUAAAAAUAACUAUAAUUUGAACUUUGCAGAGGAAAGAUUUUCAUUGUUGUAUUCUGGAGCCAUCUCAGAAACUGUAAUUGGCUUUAAAGGGUUAUUCCACAGAUUUUACACAGAGUCAGGUUUACUCACCAUGAGAUGCACAUGGGGGAUCUUUGGCAUGAUGAUGUCAUAGUGAUGUCAACAGGGUUCUCUCAGAUUGGGCAGGCAUGACCUAUAGAAAAGGUGCUAUGGUGCAUAAUGGGAAAUUUGGAGUUUGCCCCAUACUGGGAACUAAACUUAAUAACAUAUAGGCCUCUGUUGAAUCAGUAUGAGUUCUUCAAUACUAAAACAGCCGGGAG